UGAAGAAGACUAGCUAGUUGUUAGCCAGCUAGCCGUCGUUACCUUUAUCAAUGGGCUUACAGUGGCUAGUAGACGUUAUGCUAUCUAGCUGCUAGCAUCAGCACAGAAAUAAAAACAACUACAUAAACAAUGCCGUUCGUGGGAUGGUGAUGGGUUGUAAGACUACAUAGGCUUUGCUUUGCGCAGGAAUAUACAAACUUUGAAGCUCCUCGGUUUACUGCAUGACCCUCCAAAUAAACCAAAGGCCUCGAUCCGCGGUACUCGAGUAACGACAACCGUGAUACGUCGUGACCACUGGAUCAUAAUUGCUGAUGCUUCGCUGAACCGUGGUACUAAACACUAUAUCAACGGGUCCGACAGACUCCCCUGUACACAAUGUCACACACCGAGCCUCCUCCUCGGUGGAGGAGUUGUCCCAGAAGAGGACAACCUGUGGCAGCAAAGUUCCUGCCGAUGAAAACUAUGUUGGGGCCCAAAUAUGAUGACAAAGUUCAAGAGGAGAAUAGGUUUCAUCCUAGCAUGCUGUCAAACUAUUUAAAGAGUCUCAAGGUCAAGAUGGGUUUGCUUGUGGAUUUGACCAACACUACCCGCUUUUAUGACCGUAAUGACAUUGAAAAAGAUGGCAUAAAAUAUGUGAAACUUCAGUGUAAAGGCCAUGGAGAAAGUCCGUCAAAGGAGACGACGGAGAUGUUUAUCACGCUGUGUGAACAUUUCCUAACGAAGAACCCCACAGAACUGAUUGGGGUUCACUGCACGCAUGGUUUCAAUCGGACGGGUUUCCUGAUUUGUGCCUACCUGGUAGAGAAGCUGGACUGGAGUGUGGAGGCCGCCGUGGCGGCGUUCACCCUAUCCCGCGCUCCCGGGAUCUACAAGGGCGAGUACCUCAAGGAGCUGUUCCGUCGCUACGGCGACGUGGAGGACGCGCCCCCUGCCCCCCAGCUGCCCGAGUGGUGCUUUGACGAAGACGAAGGCAACGGGGAUGUGGACGACGAAGGGAACGCCAUCGGCCAGGACCCGGCCGCCUGCUCCUCGGGGUCAGCGCACGGCAAACGCAAGAAGGAGCGGCUGAAAGUGGGAGCGGUGUUCUUGGAAGGCAUCACGGUGAAGGGAGUGACGCAGCUCACCACGCAGCCGAAGCUGGGAGAGGUCCAGAGGAAGUGUCAGGAGUUUGCAGAGUGGGAAAAGAGCGGGUUUCCGGGUGCUCAGCCAGUUUCCAUGGACAGGCGCAACCUUCGCUUUCUGGAGCAGAAACCCUACAAGGUCAGCUGGAAGGCAGACGGUACAAGAUACAUGAUGCUAAUCAACGGCAAGAACGACGUACACAUGAUAGACCGAGACAACACCAUCUUCCACAUUGCCAACCUCGAGUUCCCCCUCCGGAAGGACCCCCGCCACCACUUAGGCAAAACCUUACUAGAUGGGGAGAUGAUCAUUGAUAAAGUCAACGGACAGCCCGUCCCCCGCUACCUGAUAUAUGACAUCAUCAAAUUUAAUGGGCAGCCUGUUGGACUCUGUGAUUUCAACAUCAGACUGCUAUGCAUAGAAAAGGAAAUAAUAUCUCCGCGGAUGGAGAAGAUGAAAAAUGGACAGAUUGACAAGACCAAAGAGCCGUUCAGCGUCCGAAACAAGCCCUUCUUUGACAUCCAUGCUUCUCGCAAGUUACUGGAAGGCAGCUUCACUUCGCAGGUCAGCCACGAGGUUGAUGGUCUCAUCUUCCAGCCAUGUGGGAGAUACAAGGCCGGCCGCUGUGACGACAUCCUCAAGUGGAAGCCUCCCAGCCACAACUCGGUGGACUUUCGCCUCAAGAUCACCAAGGUCGGCGGAGAGGGGCUGCUCCCCCAGACGGUGGGCUUGCUGUUCGUCGGCAGCUAUGAAAGGCCCUUCGCCCAGAUGAAGGCCACCAAGGAUCUGAAGCAGUACGACAACAAGAUCAUCGAGUGCACGUUCACCAACAACACCUGGGUUUUCAUGAAGCAGAGAAUAGACAAGAGCUUCCCCAACUCCUACGACACAGCCAUGGCCGUGUGUAACAGCAUCCAGCACCCCGUCACCAAGGAGAUCCUGCUGGACCUGGUGGACCGCAGCACCCAGGGGGUGCAGCAAACGGCGCAGGGGCGCAAGCGCCCCCCCGACCCGGACGCCCAGCUCAUGCCCCCGCCGCCCUCCAAGAAGACCAACCACGCCGAGCCGUAGACCCGCCGGCCCCCCGCCCGCGCUCCGUCACGCUUUGGGACAAACGACGGGACAAAUUGCGCGUUGCAAGAAUUUAAAAAAAGCACCAGCGCCAUCGUGUCCACCCCUCGCCCGGUCGCCUGCAGCAGGACGGACGGCUCCGUCUCGGCCCUGGACAUUAGUCUAAUCAGCGCCACGUGGGCGCCAGCAUCCACAAGGCUGUGGAACCCCUCUGAUCGACGGCCACGAGCGCCAUUCGCUUUAUUGUGUAGCGUGUAGCUUAAAUUGCAAUUGUUCUUAUCGAAGUGAGACUAAAAAAAACAAACAAAAAAUGAAGACGGCGCCAUCCCGGCUUUCCCCUUAUUUAUGUUUUUGUGUUCGUUGUUUUUGGUUUUCUUUUGCGUCUGAGCUUAUGACAGCGUGGUUUGUGAUGGCUACACGAUCAUCUAUGCAGACGAUGUGUUUCCAUGAUGCCAAGGAGAGGCUCGUGUUUGUGUCACGCUCCGAGAAAGAGUAAACAUCACACACAGGGAGGUAAUUAGAGAUGAAUUGAAGAUCCUGCAGAUCAACAGAUUCCUAUUAUCUCCCCUCUCUGGUGCACGAGCCUCGAGAAGCGUCCUCACACAUCCAGCUCCCAGUGUGUAGCGGGGAGCCAGACGCCAUCGCUAACGCUGAUAUCACAACAGAACCGCAUCGUACCUGUCCUCCACCGCCACAUCUCUCCCCAGGUGUCACAGAACACUAGUAACACGCUGUUCUAUCGCUGUCCUCCCCCCCACUCUCACACUCACAAAAACCAACCCGUUCACAAACUACAAGGAAGGGAGCUCAUUCGUUUGUUCUGUUUUUGUUAAGCUUUUCACUACGAUUAUAAUGGGUUGUCUGAUUCUCCACAGCUUGCAGGGGGGGGGGGGGGGGGGGGUGUUUCCUGACGACUGUCCAUAGGCAGCGGUUCUCAAGGGGGUCCCACGGAAGGCCCAAAGCCCACUUGGAACUCCAGCUAAGCCCCCGUAUGCAUGUGUGAGUGAGCGGGGUUCAACACAUUAGCAUGCACUCAUCACACGGAUACACUCUUCCUCAUGUUUGAGGAUCAAUACGCAGUCAAAUUGAAGCGGCUUGAUCCUACCGUCUUCGUCUCAUAUUAUCGCCUGGUUGCAGAGAUACGACUCCCAAUAGGAAUAGAUUUAGUGACCUUCGGCUUUGUGUUGGUUUGGCAGGUCUUUGUCCUAAAGCUGCGGUUUGACAGUGAACAGUUAUGUUUUUAUUAAAAUGGGCGUUUUGUUCAGCCUGUGCAAAGAGUUAACAGAGCACGGUGGGGAAGAAAACAGCCCUGUAAAUACUGUUGUGCGUUUAGGAGUUAUUGUUAAUUUGUCAGUUUGGUUGUUAUUUGCUUUUGUUUUGUUCUUGUGUGUUUGUCUUCUUCACAACAGCAGGGACCGGUUCAAUCCAUAUGGAAAAUGUAAAGAUUGAUAAAAGUUCAAUAUCUCUGCCUCUUGUCUGACUAAAUAUGCUAAUUUCACUAUUA